UGUAGUUUUGACCACAGAGCCUUUCGUUGGAUGAUGACCAUGGUGUUUACGGUGGAUGAGAUUAACCGUAACUCAACCUUACUGCCAGGUGUGAGGCUAGGCUACAGAAUCCUGGACAGCUGUGACCACGUCCACACCAGCCUGAGAGGGGCGCUCUCCGUGGUCACUGGGAAGAGGACUGAGGAGCACAUAGAGAAGGGGGUGGAGGAGAGGAUGCCUGGGUGCCUGGCUGGAGCCCCUGUACCUGCUGUCGUCGGUCUAGCCUCCUCCACCCCUACAGGGGCUGUGGCUCACACACUGGGCCCCUUCAACAUCCCAUUGGUGAGCUACUUUGCGACCUGUACCUGUCUGACAGAUAAACUCUCCUACCCCUCGUUCCUGCGCACUGUGCCCAGUGACCUGUUCCAGGUUCGGGGUUUAGUCCAGUUGGUGAGCCACUUCGGCUGGCGCUGGGUUGGCAUCCUGGGCACCUCGGACGACUACAGUCGCUAUGGCAUCCAGGCCUUUACCCAGCAGCUGAAGGACCAGGGAGGCUGCCUGGCGUUCCACCUCACCAUCCCCAAUUCGCCCUCCCCAGCUGGGCUACGUGCCAUGGCCGACACCCUGCAGAGCUCCAGGGCUCGCGUGGUGGUAGCCUUCGCUACAGAGGGCCAACUGCUGGAGUUUCUCUCUGAGCUGGCAGUGAGGAACGUUACAGGGUUUCAGUGGGUGGCCAGUGAGGCCUGGGUUACGGCCAGCCUGCUCACCUCCCCUCAGUUCCACCCACUGCUACAGGGCACCCUGGGUUUCUCCUUCCCAGGAGUCAGUAUCCCUGGCCUUGGGGACUUCCUGCUGAAGGUCAGGCCCUCGCCCACACCGGGGUCUGAGUUCAUCAAUAUGUUCUGGGAAGAACUGUUUGGCUGCAAGUUGGAUUUUGGGGCGGGCAGCGGCUCAAAGGGUUCCGGGCUGACUGCUAUAUGUACUGGUUCAGAAGACCUGAGGGACACAGAGAGCAGCUACUUUGACGUGUCUCGGGUCAGGAUCUCCUAUAACGUGUAUAAGGCAGUGUAUGCUAUAGCCCACGCACUACACCAGCUGCUACAGUGUGACUCUACUGGACAUGGACAAGCUCAGGAGAAGUGUAACACCAGCACAUAUUUUACACCCAGACAGCUCUUACACCACCUGAAGAGGGUGAAUUUCACCAAUCAGUUUGGGGAGAAGGUGCAUUUUGAUGCCAACGGGGAGCCAGUUCCCCUCUAUGACAUUAUUAACUGGCAGAAGGUCAGCAGUGGAGAUAUCAAGUUCCAGAAGGUGGGAAGCUAUGACGGCUCUGCCCCCCUCAGCCAACAAUUGCAGAUUGACGAGAGUGCCAUCGUGUGGAUAGGAGGGCAAUCACAGGUGCCAGUGUCUCUGUGCAGUGCCCCCUGCCCUCCUGGCAGCAGACAGGCCCGUCGUCCAGGAGAGCCUCCCUGCUGCUUCGACUGCCUGCCCUGUGCAGCUGGGGAGAUCAGCAACCAGACAGGUUCCAUAGACUGUACUAGAUGUCCUGACUUCUACUGGUCAGACAGAGACAAGGUGAAGUGCGUCGCUGGGAUAGAAGACUUCCUGUCCUUCUAUGACACCAUGGGCAUCAUCCUGGUGUCACUCUCCCUGCUGGGUGUUGUCUCGACAACCACCGUCACAGCCAUCUUCCACCGUUUCCGGGCCACGCCCGUUGUCAAGGCCAACAACUCAGAGCUGAGCUUCCUGCUUCUCCUGUCACUCAAGCUUUGCUUCUUGUGCUCGCUGCUGUUCAUUGGACGUCCCUCUGCGUGGUCGUGUGGGUUCCGCCAGGCAGCGUUUGGGGUUAGCUUCGUGCUCUGCCUCUCCUGCCUCCUGGUCAAGACCAUCGUAGUGCUGCUGGCCUUCAGGGCCACUGUACCAGGCUCCAGUGCCCUGAUGAAACUGUUCGGACCUUCCCAGCAGAGGACACUGAUUCUCUGCUCCACCGCACCUCAGGUGUGUCUCUGUGCUGGUUGGCUCUCCAUGGCUCCUUCCAUCCCGUUCAGGAACUCUUCGUACCAGGGUCUGACUGGCAUGGUAGUGCUGGAGUGUAAGGAGCCCUGGCCCCCAGGGUUCUAUUUGGUGCUGGGCUACAUCGGCUUGCUGGCCUCUCUCUGUCUCCUCUUAGCCUUCCUGGCCAGGAAACUCCCAGACACCUUCAACGAGGCCAAGCUCAUCACCUUCAGCAUGCUGAUCUUCUGUGCCGUAUGGAUCUCCUUCGUCCCUGCCUACGUCAGCUCUCCUGGGAAGUACACUGUAGCUGUGGAGAUAUUCGCCAUCUUAGCCUCUAGUUUUGGACUGCUGCUGUGCAUCUUUGCCCCUAAAUGUUACAUCAUCUUACUGAGACCAGAGAGGAACACUAAGAAAACACUAAGAAAGGGAUGACAGGGAAGCAACAGGGAAACCAGAAAUGAUCAAA